CAUCAAUAUGGAAACAUGACUUGAGUUGCUCAUUGUCUCACCUAAAUCACACACACACUAAUGAACACCCGCUACUAAUUAAACUAAUUAACUGAUUGGUGUGGACAUGGGGGCUGGACUGGUGUCGUGAUUCCGCAUAUUAACUCCACUUCUCGCCGCGGCUGCUAUGGAAGAGCCGCCUGACAACUCUGAUGGUGUACAGCCUCAGGAACCCACACCUACCUGCAGCCUUCCUCGUGUGUUCGACCUGACUAAGAACGGUGAAGAAUGCUUGUUAAAGACCAACCCCAUAGAGGCUCUGCACCUGGUCCAGCCGCCGGGCUGGUAUCUGAGUUCUGGGACCAGUAACGGGAUGGUGCUUCCAGAGAACGAACUGGAUCCCUCGCUGCAGCCCGGCGAUCAGAUUCAGCCGGACAACGCCCUGUCCAACACGACCGUCACGCUUUCCUACGUGACCAGGUCUCACCUGUUUAACGGCGGCGACUCUCUCGCGCAGCACCCUCAGAUCUACAGUAUUCCCCUCAGCAAGGCGUUCACGCUGCACCCGGCGGUGUACGAUGCCGCCCAGCUGGUGGGCGACGCCGCCGGACCUUCGCUUUGCGUCGACGUGGACCAACCGUGCCUGCAGCCGCUCUCCGUGCCCGUGGGCUUGGCCGCCUGCGGGAACCCCUUCGAUUUCGUCUCGCCGGCGCAGGUGGUGGAGAACGUCGCGAGUCUCUGUUACCUCCAGCAGGCUCACGACGUCGCCGGCAUCCGGAACGCGGAGAGCCUCGCCCUGGAGACGCUCAGAUCUCUGCAGCAGAGCGACCCGGCCGAAUGCAAGAUCCCCGUCAACCUGGGCGAGAUCCAGAACGGUGCCAUCGGCGGCCUGUGGAACGCCGGUUCCUUCGACGGGAUUGAAAAUGCUCUGGAGCAGCACAAGAACAUCACUCCAGAGCUGGUUCUCCUCAUCUCCAGGACUCAGGAGCCGGUUAUUCUUCCGAGUGACCAGGGGCCUACAGGACUAGCCGUUUCUCUGAACCAGGAGCUCAUAAGUGCGCUGGAUCAUCACAGGUUUUCCCCUGUUGCCUUAGUAAACAGGUUAAAGGAGGAUUCUGGUGAUUCUGUAGCGCCCCAGACCGCAGGAUCUCCAAGUCCAGAGGAUUCGUUCGUUGAGGAAACUGAUAACACUACACUGGAUGAAGUGAGCAAUGGGGGAUCGAACAUGCUCACGAGUGCGAACAAGAUCGCUAAUGUUUCAUUCGCUAGAAACGUUAACAACGAUGAGUUAGGACAGAGCGAAGGUUUAGCCGAGGCACAGGAAGCCAAGACAGAAAGGUGCAAGUCAACGAGUAGGUUACCGGCAAGACGAGAGCUUCCCCCGAGAAGUACCAGAGGAAUGAGAUUAGAGGCCAUCGUUCAGAACAUGUACCCCACCCGGUUCAGAUCCGCCCACGUCUCUUCCUCAAAAAAGUCUCGCCCGGUCAGCGCUCAGACAGACCGGACUGCUAAUCGAGGCCCGAGCCAAGACGCGUCGUCCGCUCGCGAUGAACCCGGCGCUCUGGAGAACGAGCGUCACGCCAAGGCUGCUCGAUCACAGGAAAAGGAAGACGUCACGGAGGUCGUCGAGUCGAGUCAGAUAUCUACCUCAUGUUCCGAAAUCGUUCCGAAACGUUCCCCAGGAACACUACACGAGUCCACCGCACGCGCCAAGAAGUCGAAGAAGCGGCGGAAAGCUUCGAACGAGUCCAGAGCGAGCGUGGAAAACGAGGCCGCCCCGCCUCAGCCUAAACGUUCCCCAAAAAGCACUUCUAAUAAACACUCGCCCGCCGUAGGUGUGCGAGGUGAAAGGUCGAUCGUAAAGACAGUGAAGAAAGUGAAGACUGUUCCUGCAACUAAAAGUAAGAAGAAGAAGCAGAAGGUGAAGGGGAAGCCGUCCGUCUUCUCGCCUCAGGAGCCGGAGAUCAGGCUGAAAUACCUGACCUGUAAAGACGGCAAGAAGGACAAGCGGGACGAAACCUUCACGCCGUUCGUCCGCGUGGACCUGCGGGCCGAACGUACCUGCACGGUCGUCAACUACCCCGAGGAGAGCGCCAGGCUGAGCCGGGGUAAGCAGCGGGCACCGGUGGCGUCGGGGAAGGUCCCUGCGUCGUCGUUUGUGCAGUACGGGCGCGCCUCGGUGGACGGCGCACGCCGGGCGACUCUGGUGUGCUGCCUCUGUGGAGGCGCCGCCAACGCCAUGGACCUCGGCGACCUGCAUGGACCGUACUACUCCGAGGGUUUCGGGCCCAAGGACAGGCCGCCGAGCGCCGCGCAGGAGUCCAGGGAGGACGACUCCACCGACUCGGACUCUCUGGACGCCUCGCGUCCUUCGCGGGUCGCUCGGACCCGAACGCCACAUUCCAGGCCGCAGGCGGCUUCUCUCGGUGUCUGCCAGCGGCUCGCCCGUGAGCUCGACCUCUCCUCCAGCCCCGCGGCUAAGAGAUCCAGGAUGGACGGUGUGGUGGACUGGUACACCCCUCCCGUAGUGCCCGUCCACGUCAGCGAGUACUGGCUCCACGAGGACUGCGGCGUUUGGUCGGCCGGAGUCUUUCUGGUGAAAGGGAAGCUCUACGGACUCGAGAACGCCGUCAAGGCGGCAAAGCAGACGGUUUGCUCUUGCUGUAGUAAAACCGGAGCGUCUCUGGGCUGCUUUUUCAAGAACUGUCCCAACAAGUAUCACUACCUUUGUGCUGUACAGUCAGGCUGCGUCCUAAACGAAGAAAACUUCUCCAUGAAGUGCAGAAAGCACAAGAACAAAUCCAUCAAAGCUGUCUCACCUCACAAGCCCAGCGACAGGUGACGAAGGAAGAGGAGGAGGAGGGAGGUGCCACGCCAGGGUUCCGUUUCCGCCGUGAUACCGUGCCUGAUAACGUCUCCGCCGUUCAGACCGCCUUUAGGUUCUGUCGACUCAAAUAAAACAUUCAGUACGAAUCUCCGGUUCUGGUUCGGAUCUCGGCAGUGCUGUCGGCCGGUCGGGCGUAAAAAGUGUAGAAUGACUCCGACACGUGAGAUCCGUAUCGCGCACUGAUCUCCGUUAUCCCCCGUCUCUGUGCAGCACCAUCGAUCAGCCAGCAGAGGGCGUAACUGCAGCAGGUAUGGUGUGCUAGCGUGUCUUACCGCUGCGGCACUAAUCUACACAGAAAAACCAUGACUGACUGUAUGUUAGAGGAGUAGAAUUCAUGUCCAAGGUGCUAUUUCUUUAUUAUUUACCUGACGUGUUAUACAUCGGCUAUAUGAGCUCUUAAUCAGACUGUAGAUCAUCACUGCAGUUAUACCACGACUAACUGACAGAAACAUCACCGGUGUUACCGACGCACCGUCACUCGUUCACUAACAUUCACUACAGAUGUGUUGGUGUGUCGUACCUACAGAUGUUUUCUCAGAACGGAACCCUGAUUAGGGCGUGGUCGAUUUCAGACCUGCGCUCCGUCCCAAAUCGGAUCACUUAUUUUAGUACUUUUAGUUCGACCAGCUUGCCAAUUUUUCUCCCAGUUCGGGGCGUUUGGUUGGUGCAACUGGGCGCCUACACGGACAAUGACCGGCUGGUCCAAAGGGUUCCACAUAACUGCUGCAGUUACGCCCUCUGCUGGCUGAUUGAUGGUGCUGCACAGAGACGGGGGAUUGUGAAGAUCGGGGCGCGAUUCGGAUCUCCGUAUGAACCCUGCCCGGUGCAGGUGAAAAGAAGCAGUCUGUACAGCACACAUGUCGGAGGGGGCGUGUGUUUGGAGUGGAGGUCUGCAGCAGUAAAGGGGAACUACCAUUGGGGAAUCGGAUAUGAUUAAAUUGUUAUUUACCUUUAUUCGUAGAUCUUGGAGAUUUACCGAGAGCACUUUGUAGACGUGAUGUGUUAAAAUCGGGGCGUUUCUGAUUCCUGAACCCUGACGCUGGCUGAGGGGGGCCGCAGGCAAGCCGCCACCUCACCCCCCUCUGACACGUGUAAAGUCGCGGCCCGUCUCCCGUGUGCUCCUCCGUUCCUCGUGCUGGCUGAGAAGAAACCGACCCACCUUCCGUCCUUAUUUUUUUGCCACAGGCCUUGAAAGUUCAGACUCUAUAGAUCGAUCGGUCAGCGUCGGUCGGACUCCUGCACAUGCCCACUAAAAGAGGGCUCGCUCGCUUUUGGUUUCCGGCGGGCGGAAAGUUUGAGAAGCGGGUCGUGAUCCGGCACAAAAUAGUCCCUGCAGUCGUCACAUGGGUUAGUACGCGGGCUCGGUCGGGGGUAACCAGGGUCCAUCACACAGAGGAUCAGAGAUUCGGACGAUUUGUUCUCAUCGUAAAUCGAUCCGAGCUCCUUCCGUUCACGAUUGGCUGCCUUGCUACGACAAAUCAGAUGUACAGAGUGAUUUUUGUUUCCUGUUUAAUGUCAGAUCUAAUAUAAUAAAAUAAUGAAGUGAUUUAGAAGGUCAGUGAAGAGAAAGCGGGCGGAUCGGAGCGGGUUCCAGAGGUCUGGGGUGGGGAAUGUGCUGAAUGUGUCCUCGUGUGCCAUGUUUCAGUCUCACGUUUGGGUUCGUUUGUAUUUAUGGAAGCGUCGCUGUGGUGUUUCGAUCCGUGAUGUCGAGCGGUCGAGCUUUACAUCACCGAUCUGAACGUACAGGAAUGUGUUGGUGUGUUUAUUUGAUUGUUUGUGUUUUAUGUGUUUCAGAACCUUUUCUCAGGGUCGAAUCAUUUUUUGUUUGUUUGUUUUUACCUGGAAAUUUAUUUAUCUACAAAUGAUUUCUGUAUGAUUUUCAGUCAGCACUAAAUAAAUCAGCUUCUUUUAUCU